UCUAUUUCUAGAUUGCAGGAGAAAAUCAAAUGUAGUCAGCUGAACUGAGAAUUUUAUGUUCUUUUAAAAUAUAUAUAAUUUACUCUAUUCCUUUAGUUGAUGUUAAUAUGCGACUCGAUAAAAUUAUAUGUGAUCCAAUCUUUACUAGUCAUUUAACAUUAUUGCAAAAGUCAUCCGAUGAUGUAGAUGAUGUAAUCAUUCCACUAAAUGAUACAAUAAUUGAUCGAUUUUGUUUACAGAGUUUACCUAAAAUUCAUUAUGAAAUCAAAUGGCUUAAUAUUGAAUCAUUAUCUAUGGAACGUAUUCUUUGUACUAUUGAUUAUCCUAAUUUAUAUGGACUUGGUUUAUACAAGAUUGAAGAAGAAACAUUUAAACGUUUAUUUAUUGAUGAAAUCACUUUAGCUCAUAUUUAUAAAAAUCAUAUUUAUAACUUAAUUAUUACAAUAGUCAACAACAACAAUAAUGAAACAUCAAUGAAAGAUUUCAUAACAACAAUAUAUACACUUAUCUUUAAUGUUUUCACGAAUUUACGUUAUUUAAAUUCCUGUUCAUUUUCUUAUGAUUUAUCAUUCAAUGAAAAAUCUUCAAGUUUUUUUUCUUCAACUCUGACAGAAUUGUAUGUUAAUUUGGUAUGUUUUGAAGAUUGUCUUUAUCUACUUGAUGGUCAUUUCAAUCAACUUCGUACAUUCUAUGUUCAUAUUGAAUUAAUUUCUUGUCCGUUGAUAGUGAUUGAUAAUAAAGUAAGUUAA